GCUAAGUCUACGAGUGGAGGACGGUUCUUGGGAACUUCCAAAUAUCUGAAACCAUGAGAUAUCUAUUGCCGCUACUGUUGUGUGUUUCCCUAGUCAACACCCAAGCUACCAAUGAGGACUACGAUAAUAUGGAUUCGUUAAGACUACGUGGUCAUCGACCUGUUGACAAGCGGAAGGAAGCGGCUCCUAGCCUGAGACCAGCCCCUCCUCCCAUCAGUGGAGGUGGCUAUCGACCCCGCCCGCCCAAAGUAGCUGCCAGCCAGAAGAAAGUGGAAAGAAAGGCCCCUGACGCAGGAGGCUGUCUUCAUGCCGACCCAGACCUGGGUGUGUUGUGUCCUACAGGAUGCCAGUUGCAAGAAACUUUGCUAAAACAGGAAAGACCAACCAAACUCAGUGUUGCUGAGCUAAAUAACAACGUAGACUCUGUUUCUCAGACCUCUUCCACCACCUUCCAGUAUGUGACACUGCUAAAAGACAUGUGGAAAAAGAAGCAGGCACAAGUGAAAGAUAAUGAAAAUGUCAUCAAUGAAUACUCCUCCUUGCUGGAAGACCAGAGGCUGUACAUAGAGGAGACUGUGAAUGAUAACAUCCCACUUAAUCUUCGUGUACUACGUUCAAUCCUGGAAAACCUGAGAAGCAAAAUACAAAAAUUAGAAUCUGACAUCUCGGCUCAGAUGGACUACUGCCGCACCCCAUGCACUGUCAGCUGCAAUAUUCCUGUGGUGUCUGGCAAAGAAUGUGAGGAGAUUAUUAGGAAAGGAGGUGAGACAUCUGAAAUGUACCUCAUCCAGCCAGAUACCUCUGCCAAACCAUACAAAGUAUACUGUGACAUGACCACAGAAAAUGGAGGAUGGACAGUAAUACAGAAUCGUCAAGAUGGUAGUGUUGACUUUGGCAGGAAGUGGGACCCAUACAAAAAAGGAUUUGGAAACAUUGCAACCAAUGAAGAUGGGAAAAAAUACUGUGGCCUACCAGGUGAGUACUGGCUUGGGAACGAUAAGAUUAGCCAGAUUACUCGGAUGGGACCCACCGAACUUCUGAUCGAAAUGGAGGACUGGAAAGGAGAUAAGGUGAAGGCUCACUACGGAGGCUUCACGGUACAGGAUGAGACCAACAAGUACCAAGUCUCAGUGGAUAAGUACAGAGGGACAGCUGGCAAUGCACUCAUGGAUGGAGCAUCUCAGCUGGUGGGAGAAAACAGAACCAUGACCAUUCACAAUGGCAUGUUCUUCAGCACAUACGACAGAGACAAUGAUGGCUGGUUAUCUACAGAUCCAAGAAUGCAAUGCUCUAAAGAGGAUGGUGGUGGAUGGUGGUAUAACAGAUGCCACGCAGCCAAUCCAAACGGCAGAUACUACUGGGGUGGGGUUUACAGCUGGGACAUGGCCAAGCAUGGCACAGAUGAUGGUGUGGUGUGGAUGAACUGGAAGGGAUCAUGGUAUUCGAUGAGGAAGAUGUCUAUGAAGAUCAGGCCUUUCUUCCCACAGCAGUAGUCCUCAAAACCUGUUUUAUUCUUCUUUGUGUGACAUUUUUUACAUUGUGUUAUUGAAAUUUUCUUUGAUAUAUUAUAUCCACUAGAACAAAAACAAUGGUUGAGUGUGUCCUUUGGGAGAAAGGUACAAGAUAAAGAUCUUAAAAACAGCAUACAGUUUUCCUUUGUAUUAUUCACCUAUCUUUCCUCCAAACAACUAAUGAAAAGAAUUAAGGGAUAGAGUGAGUUGAUUCUAGCUGAUUUUGAAAUUUUUUCACAUUGAGAACCAUCUCUGCUUGUAGACAAGCAGUUAUGCAAACUAAAAACGAAUAUUCAUAAGUUUACUUUUAAAAUCCUAUUUAUUUAUGUAAGAUAUGUCACAAAAAUCUUUCAAACAGACAUUAAUAAAACUAGUCUUUGUUGUCAUAAA